CACCCAAGCUCCAGCUCCCUUGAAGCUCUCUCACAAUCAGUUCUCCCAUUGAACCAUCUCCACACAAGGGAGAGAAGAAAUCUCGAAACGUAGCUACUUCCCGUAGCUGCACACAAGACAGCUGUCUCGUUGAUCUUCUCAUCUGAAAUCCGAAGCUAAUUAAGGGGAGAUCUAUCAAUGGCUGGCCUCUCUCUUCAGCACCCCUGGGCCUUUGCCUUUGGCCUCCUAGGCAACGUCAUCUCCUUCAUGACCUACCUGGCCCCACUGUCGACGUUCUACAGGAUCUACAAGAACAAAUCGACGCAGGGGUUCCAGUCGGUGCCCUACGUGGUGGCGCUCUUCAGCGCCAUGCUAUGGAUCUACUACGCGCUGCUCAAGUCGGACGGCUGCCUCCUCAUCACCAUCAACACCGCCGGGUGCGUGAUUGAGACCAUCUACAUCGUCGUCUACCUCGCCUACGCGCCCAAGCAGGCCAAGCUGUUCACGGCCAAGAUCCUGCUGCUGCUGAACGUGGGCGUCUUCGGCAUGAUCCUCCUCCUCACCCUUCUCCUCUCCGAGGGCGAGAAGCGCGUCGUCAUGCUGGGCUGGGUCUGCGUCGGCUUCUCCGUCAGCGUCUUCGUCGCGCCCCUCAGCGUCAUCCGUCUGGUGGUGCGCACCAGGAGCGUGGAGUUCAUGCCCUUCAACCUCUCCCUCUCCCUCACCCUCAGCGCCGUCGUCUGGUUCCUCUACGGCCUCCUCAUCAAGGACAAAUACGUAGCCCUACCCAACAUUCUCGGGUUCGCCUUCGGGGUCAUCCAGAUGGGGCUGUACGCGCUUUACCGCAACUCGACGCCCAGGCCGGUGACCAAGGAGGUGGACGCGGAGUCCCAUGACGGCGCCGCUCCCAAGGUGCCUGAGCAUGUCGUCAACAUCGGCAAGCUUGGUGCCGUCGAGCUCAAGACCACUGAAGUGUUCAUUCACCCUGCCAUCGAGUCGCCGCCCACAAAGGAGAACGGCGUUGCUCACGGUGCCGAGCAGAGCAGGGAGGGCGGCGUCGUCGUUGAGAAGGUCGACGAGGCAAGCCAGGUGGAGCAAGUCUAAUCAUGGAUGCAUUGACCCAUAUGCAUGCAUCAAACUAAGAAGAGCGGGGCUUGUGAUGUUCCGCUCUGGAUGCAUGUUGCAUUAAUUUGAUGUGUGUUAAUGUGUUGUUUCAUACUGUAGCUCGUUGUAAGAGUUCUUGUUUUAUUCUGGUCGUAUGAAUCAGUGUGUCAAUAGCACUUCGACGAUAUGUGAUAUUAUUGGUCUUCUUAUGAAUUUACCAUUUCUGGCAAAA